AUGACAAUUAGAAGGCCGACUUCCCACGAAUUGCGACGGCUGGCGGAAGCCAAUCACUUCGAAAUCACGGACGCUGAAAUGCAGGCGUUUGAGGCAAUGAUCCCAGGGUUGUUCGAUUCGUACGACGCCCUUGCCCAGAUGCCGGAGCAGCGCGCUCCCCUGCGAUACGCCAGCCGCACCCUCGGGCCGCGCCCCAAUCCCGAGGAGGAUCCGUACAACGCGAUACUGCGCCGCUGCUCCAUUAGCGGAGCGACCGGCGGGAAGCUGGCGGGCAAGCGAAUCGGCUUGAAAAACAACAUAUGCGUUGCCGGAUUCCCGAUGACCUGCGCGUCUCUGAUAUUGGAGCACUAUAUUCCGGACAGCGAUGCCACAAUUGUCACCCGUUUACUCGAUGAGGGGGCGGAGAUCAACUCCAUCCUGAACCUGGACAACUUCGCGUUCUCCGGUGCGGGCGACACCAGCGCCUUUGGGCCAACUCUCAAUCCUCACAGCCUGGAUCACCUUGCGGGUGGGUCAUCCGGCGGCUCCGGCGCGGCCCUUUACUAUGAUGAUGUUGACAUGACCAUCGGCGGAGACCAGGGCGGGUCGAUACGCAUUCCUGCAUCCUUCUGCGGAGUGGUUGGACUGAAGCCUACUCACAGCCUGGUGCCCUACACCGGGAUCGUUGGCAUCGACAACACGUUUGACCACGCCGGGCCUAUGACACGAACGGUGUACGACGCGGCGUUGCUGCUUGAGGUGAUUGCAGGCAAGGAUCCGCUCGACCCUCGGCAGGGGGAAGUUCCUGUCCAGGAAUACACGGGCGCGCUGGCGGGUGGUGCGUCGGGGCUGAAGGUUGGGGUACUCACGGAGGGGUUCGGACUCCCUGAGUCGGAUCCUGAGGUAGACGCGAAGGUGCGGCAGGCGAGCAACCGGCUAGCCGAGCUGGGGGCCUCGGUGGAGCAGGUAUCGAUUCCCUGGCACUCGAAGGCCAACGGGGUGGUCUGGGGGCUGAUUGCCGAGGGCGCCACGGCUUUGCUGCAGACCAGCGGGACGGGACGGGCUUUCGAGGGCCAAUACAACCCGGGGCUGGCCCAUGCGCUGGGGAACGGGCUACGGUCGCAGUCCAACGAGCUGCCUCCGACGGUCAAGCUGGUGCUUCUGAUAGGGUCCUACAUGACCGAGAACUACAGCAGUGUGAUGUAUGCCAAGGCCCAGAAUUUGCGGCGGGAGCUCAGGGCAGCCUACGACGACGCACUUUCGCGAUACGACCUGCUGCUUUUGCCGUCAACCCCGAUGCCGGCGCACCGCAACGACGCCGGCGGAGACCCGCACGCGGUGAUAGAGCACGGGUGGGGAUAUGCUGGCGAACACCGCGCCGUUCGACAUGUCCGGCCACCCGGCCAUCAGCGUGCCGUGCGGCAAGACGUCGGAGGGCCUGCCCGUCGGCCUGAUGCUGGUGGGCCGCCAUUUUGA